UUGGAGCCGCCGCGGCUCCACUGCACUUCCCUCAUCGGGGAGAAAAAACAUGCUUGCAAUGAACUCUAACAUCGAGGAUGCUGUGAAAUCACUGGCUGUCGCGUUUUGGAUUGCGUAUGGCGUCUUUUCCGGACAUGUCAGUGGUCAGGAGGGUGAUGGCUGCGGACACACACAGUUUGGGACGGACUCCGGCACCUUGGCCUCGCGGAACUUCCCCGGCACAUACCCGAGCAACAGCUGGUGCCGCUGGAAGCUUCGUGUGCCAGAAGGUCGGACGCUGCUGCUGCUUUUUGGAGACUUCGACAUCGAGAGCAGCGCGGCGUGCAGCAACGGCUCGCUCUCGAUCACCGACAACAACGGGGAGGUCCGCCUUGGUCCCGUGUGCGGGAAACUGAUGCAGAAGAACCUAUCGCUCCCGAGCAACGAGGCGACGGUGGCCUUCAGCUCGGGUCAGCACCGCUCCGGUCGAGGGUUCCUCCUGUCCUACACCACAGACCAGCAUCCAGAUCUCAUCUCGUGCCUGCAGCGAGGCUCUCAUUUCACUGCCCCGAGAAUAAGUGUUUACUGCCCUGCUGGCUGUCAGAACAUCAGCGGGGACGUCUGGGGAAGUUCAGAGCAGGGCUACAGAGACACGUCCGUCCUGUGCAAGUCUGCUGUUCACGCUGGAUCUACCUCCGACGCCCUGGGAGGACCCGUCACUCUGUCUCGGGAGAAAAGUCUCAGAUUCUAUGAAUCUACGUACGCAAAUGGGAUCCAGUCGAAAGUGAAGUCGCUAUCGGAGAAGAAGCUGGUCUUCCAUCAAGAGUGCAACGCCAUCCUGAGAAUAUUCACCUCCAACGCUUCGUCGUCGUGGCAACCGACCAGCUGGUCCCUGGGGAACAUGGACGAGGCUCGUGAGUCGGUUCAGUGGACAUCCGCAGGUGAUGACUCCCGACCCUGGGUGGAGCUGGGGCUGACCGACCGCAGCUCCGUCACUGGAGUGAUAACCACAGGGUCGGAGGAGCUCUUCCUCCUGUCCUACUCUCUCCAGUUCAGCAAGGACAGAAGGAACUGGAAGGUCUACAGAGGAGCUCUGAGCAAAGACACAAAGGUGUUCCCGGCUCACACCGAAGGUCACCUCCGAGUUCGCAACAACCUCCUCCCUCCUGUGGUGGCUCGCUUCAUUCGCCUGCAGCCGCUCACCUGGCGAGGUCAAGCGUCAGCUCAGAUCCAAGUCCUCGGCUGUCCCAUCGCCAAAGUCACGUCGAAGACCCGCUCAGCUGAAGACUCUCCACCCGUCAGAUUCGGGUUUGACACCGCUCACCCCAGCAGCUCCCCGCCCCCCACCACGGAGAGUCCCAUCCUCGUGGAGACCAGAUCCCGGUCCGGGCAGCCGGUCAUGCUGGCGGUGGGCGUGGUCUUGGGUCUGAUCAUGUGCGGGACGUGCUUGCUGGCAGGAGUCUGGUGGAAGCGCCGGAAAAAAGAGGCUCAGAUCAAAUAUUCUCUGCCGACAAGUUGCCAGAGUUUCCAGGUGAAGAGCCUCCCGUGUCCUCCAGAGCUCAUCUCGUACCCUCUGGAGCGAAACAUCCACGACUCGCUCCCCGCCCCUCCUCUCAACGACUACGCUGAGCCGGCUCUUGGGCAGAAACUGGGCUCGACGUUCAGACCCUCCUCAGAGGAAGCCUACACCGUCCCGUACGCCUUCAACCACUACGACACUCCCAGCACUGUGCCGGAGUACGCCGAGCCUCUUCCUGCCGAGCCCGAGUAUGCCACCCCAUUCAGCGAGCCGGACUCGGCGCCGCCCGCAGGCCUCCUCCACACCAGCACCAGUCAGCUUCCAGCGCAGGGCUGCGGCCACGCCGACUAUGACUGCCCCUCCCACAGGAUGCUGUCCAACGGCUACUGCACUCCCGCAAUCCACGCUCACAACACCCGACCUGACAGUGUGGUCUAUGCUGAGCCCAAGUCAUGUGACGCUGUGACGCAGAAGCAUCUGUGAAGGCUGGAGCUCACUGGCCUCCAGCAACCAAGACACUUGUUCAGUGAAGUGGCAGCUGUUGGAGACUCUGUUGAAAACAGACGUGUGGCUGGGUGGAAGUGAAACGACAUCGUUUAUACAGACGUGGGUCUGGAAAUAUCCCUUUAAUCACAUGUUGCACUUUGAUAUUCAUUUUGUUAAAUAAUUUCAAAAAUGAAAGCGUUGUUACGAUUUAUUUCACCGCUAGGGGGAGACGUUGAAAAGUCUAUUUAAAAAAAAAACCCUGCCGUUUUUGACCCGAAACUAUAAAAAAAAACGGGAACGAUGAAAGUUUCACACGAUAUUUUAAAUUUGAAAGGCACCUGUCACGUGACAAGAUGGAAGAAUGUGAGGCAAGUUGGGGCGUUGUCGGCUCAUUUAACUGCAUGCGCGGCAUCAGCUGCUGGAGACUGACGUCGCUUCUCUGAACGGUGAAAAAAGGGUUUUAAAAAGUUGCAUAUUCCUCACCUCAAGAAACAAGAGUUUAUUUUCUGAUGGCACACAAACCUUUUUCUUCAUACACAAUGUACA